UGGCUGAUCAAUGUUCAAUGUUCAAUGCAUGGGGUGAUGAAGAAAUGAUGAAUUAUUAAUUGUGAUUUGCAGUACUGUGCUUACUCCUUCAUACACAUAGCAAGAUGGGAGCGACAAGUUUAUUUUAUUUGUAUAUUUUCUAUGGAUGUUUUUUGGUUGGAUGUCAAGCAUUUCCAAAGGCACCUGUCAAGAUUCCGCCCGUGAAUCCUGACGAUGCAGCAAGACUUCCUGCAGGUGUCAACAGAUCUGUUCUCAUCGUAGGCGGAGGCCUUGCAAGUCUUUCGGCAGCUUUGGAACUUUCAGAGAGAGGUUUUCAAGUGAAGAUUCGUGAGAAGGACAUGGUUCUUGGCGGCCGUCUUCAUACUAUAAAUGUUGAGCGGCUUAACCAAUCAUGGCCAAUUGAACAUGCCUUCCAUGCUUGGUUUUACAACUAUCACCAGUUUAAAGAUAUUCGCCAAAGACUUGAGAUUAAUGGUAAUUUUAAACCGUGGAAAGCCGUUGACUAUGUUUUCAAGAAUUAUUUACCAGAGCAUAUAUAUAGCGAGGGUCCUUUUCCACUUAACCUUAUAGGUAUUAUUAAUCGCAGUCCAAACCUUGAAUUAACUAAUGCAAUUAAGUCCGUCUUAUCACUGCCCGACUUGUUUUACUAUAAUUAUGAUACAGUUUUUGAGAAAUAUGCAAAUAUAUCACUCGAUAACUGGGCAAAGGAGAAGCACGUUGAUGAAGCUUUCUAUAACAUCAUCAUGCGUCCAGCAUUGUCCGUGACGCUUAACGAGAGGCAUACAAUCAGUGCGGCUGAAAUGUUAACAUACAUGCAACUUUACUUUCUGAGUGAACCGGAGGCUGAUGGAAGAGAAACCACAACCAAAAACUAUCAAGAUGCGAUAAUAGGUCCAUGGACAAAAACACUAGAACACCUUGGAGUCAGAAUUCAGACAAAUUCUACGGUGAAAUCCCUAUAUUUCAAUUCAACAACUGGAAAAGUAGUUUCUACUGAAACCAAAGAGCAGUUUGAUCAUGUGAUUCUAGCGACAGACUUAAUCGGUACUCAAAAAAUCCUGAAUAAGACCCAACUGAACUAUCCGCUAGACUCCAGUAUUGGAAGGAAGCUUCAAUGUUUACAAACUAAGGUGGGGAAGUUGCCAACAGCACCGCGGUACAAGGUUUUCCGGGCCUGGUUUGACAAACAACUUCACAAUCGCCCUGACAUUCUUGAGACACCAGAUUACACGCCGGUUAACCUGAUCGCUCAGUAUCACAUGUUGGAGGAACAGCCUGCGAUGUGGGCAAAUAAAACUGGUGGAUCUGUGCUGGAAUUCCAUCUUUACACAUGGCAGCAAAAAGAUAUUCCGGAUGCCGCCGUCUGGGAUAUUAUUAAGCCUACAGUUAAUCAAAUUUAUCCAGAAAUAUGUGAUGAGAAUUUCACGAUGCUAGCCUACCAUGUUAAUUCAUUUGAAGAUAAUUUCCCAUCUUUUAAAAUCAAAACAGAAGUGUACAGACCCAAUGUCACAUAUCCAGUAGAAUGUGGUAUUCCAAAUUUGAGUUUUGCUGGUGAUUGGCUCCAUACAUCAUAUCCCUCAGCAUUAAUGGAACGUUCUGUGUCCACUGGCAGGCAAGCAGCCAAUCAUAUCCUUCUAACAGAGCGUAUUCGCCAGGUUUCUUUACUAGUCACUAGUUCCUAUGGUCCUGGAAUACUUUAAAUUUUCAUUAGAGUUGACCGACUAGGUGAUUUUCACCUGUUUGGUCCUUCCUAGUCUGUUUUGAUUUAUUGUUAUAUUUUGGGGAAUUAAUUUUAGGCGAAAAAUCAGUAAGAUUAAAUUAUAAUUUGUAACUAUGGUAUGGUGGUUAAGUUGCCCACCUUCAAAUCCAAGGUAUUGGUACAACCCUGAUUUUGUAUUGAUUUUUGUAUAAAUUAAGGGUGGCAAAGUUGUGUGAUCUGUGGUUUGCUUUGAUUAACCAACCAAACACAUACACAUAAUCUCAAAUACCUUAUUUAUUUGAAUUAAUGCCUCAGGGUGUUCAUUGUUCAGAAGGGUUUUUUUAGGGGUAAUUUAUUUGAGGGAAGCAUUUUCUUUUUGGUGUAAAAUGGAUAUGUAUACUCAAAUAAAUGCCCCUUAAUUUCACUGUAAAUGUGGAACUACGCCACAUAAUUAUUGUCAAAUGUGUUAUUGCAUAAUCUCUAACAGGUUAGAAAAAAUGUAAUUCUACUAUAGUAGAACAUUAAUAGAGUGUGUUGAGAAUGAUGUUCCUCCGAUUGGAUUUUAGUCAUUUAUGUCUCGGGGCAUUUAUUUGAUUGAGGUGUUUAUUCCAAAUGAGGCUCUAGAGGUGCGUUUAUUCAAAGCGGGGGCGUUUAUUCGAAAUAAAUAUGGUAUGUAU